CAUCGGUUACACCCAGACAUGAUAGGCGUGGCUGUUUUCAAUGCGGUUAUAUUACAUAGAUUACGGAUGAAAACCAAAGCAAAGAACACCUGUUGAGCCUAAAGCAUUCUGGUUAUAAUUACUUGAAGUGAUCAUCAACAAUGGAGCAGGUGUUGGUCAACAUUCUGGAUGAGGUGACGAGUGACGAGAUGAAGAGAUUUCAGUGGCUCCUGAUUAGGCACCAGAGGCGUGGCUAUGAGCCCAUCAAAAAAAGCGAGUUGGAUCGGGACACAAGCAGGGAGAAUACCGUGGAGCUGAUGGUGAACAAAUACAAAGAGAAUGGAGCUCUGGGCGUCACAAGUAAUAUCCUGAAGAACAUGAACCAGAAUACACUUGCUCAGGAGUUGAAGACAAAGGCAAACAUUCUCAAAAGAGCGCAAAACGGCACUGCAAAGGUGAGCUCUGCGGCGAAGAGUACUGCAAAGGAGACACCAGUGGUGAAGAGCACUGCAAAGGAGAGCACUGCCACUGUGGUGGAGAGUACUACGAAGGACAGCAUUGUAGCGAAGGGCACUGCAAAGGAGAGCACUGUGGCAAAGAGCACUGCAAAGGAGAGCACUGCCACUGUGGUGGAGAGUACUACGAAGGACAGCAUUGUAGCGAAGGGCACUGCAAAGGAGAGCACUGUGGCAAAGAGCACUGCAAAGGAGAGCACUGCCACUGUGGUGGAGAAACCUGCAAAGGAGAGCACUGCCACUGCAAAGGUGACACCAGUGGUGAAGAGCGCUGCAAAGAAGAGCACUGCCACUGUGUUGAAGAGCACUGCAAAGGAGAGAACUGCCAACGUGGUGAAGAAACCUGCAAAGGAGAGCACUGCCACUGUGGUGGAGAGCACUACGAAGGACAGCAUUGUAGCGAAGGGCACUGCAAAGGAGAGCACUGUGGCAAAGAGCACUGCAAAGGAGACAGCAGUGGUGAAGAGCACUGCAAAGGAGAGCACUGCCACUGUGGUGGAGAGACCUGCAAAGGAGAGCACUGCCACUGCAAAGGUGACACCAGUGGUGAAGAGCGCUGCAAAGAAGAGCACUGCCACUGUGUUGAAGAGCACUGCAAAGGAGAGCACUGUGGCGAAGAGUGCUGCAAAGGAGACACCAGUGUUGAAGAGCACUGCAAAGGAGAGCACUGCCAAAGGCACCUGCAAAAACUGAGCCGUUCUAGAUCAAGAGGAUGGGCCAAUAUGGUAUACUUUAUUUAGGUCCAUUUACUUGUCAAAGACCAGUUUACAAUUGAGGAGGAUUGUAAAACUAUUUUCUUAAGCUUUUCUCAGAAUAUUUGGAAUUUUACAACCUGACAAUUAAAUUUAAAAAUAUAUAUUUUCAAGAAUUGUAAUGUUUACAUUUUUUCUCAUGCUCUUCAGAAACACCAAAUAAGCAAGAAAAUACUAACUUGUCAGUAGAGCAAACGGGGCUGCCCGCUGGAAACCCUCCAGGCCAGUCGAUCAACCCUGUCAGUGGCCACUUGGGCCAAUGAAAAAUAGAUUGUAAUAAUGCUAUUUUUAAUGUAGGUUGUGAUAUUUAUUGUUUGUUAUACUGACGGAUUCCCAAAGCUGUUCAUUCGUUACUUAGAUUAUUUAUCACAUGCGCACUGCACACAUAUAGCAUAUAAUAUGUCGGGCAGAGAAAGCGCGCAGCUCUCAAACUUAGAGAGAGCCUCAAAUAUCACAUGUAUUUGUCCACUGUAAGUAGGCGGAGUAGAUCAUGCUGAGCUGCGAGGCCACCAGUCUAUGACACGUGACGCGAACGGGCAAAAGCCACUUGGGAGGAACGCGCUUCUCAAAUCAAACAGUAAUCUCUGCCGCUCCGUCAUGUUGUCAACAAGGCAGCAUGGUGCAUCGUCUUGAAAACAUAUAUUUUCCAUAAAAAAUAGAUUUUUUGAAAUUUUAACUAAGGCAGACAACGCGUUUUUAUCAAAAUCAAUCACUUUUGCAUGUGAAAACCCAGAAUCCUACUAAUUACUCCACGUGCUUAAUUACGUUGCUUUUGUUUUGAGCCGGUUUCGCCUUGGGCUUUGGCUCGCGCAUGGGAGGCAACCCGAUUCCAAAACAAAUACAAUAAACUUUCAUCUGGGACAGAUUAAUCAAAUGCCCUCACUUAUACAUGAAUCCUGCAAAAAUACUUAUUGUUUCAAUUAGGUAAUUGGUCACAUUCGCAUGACUCAAAUAAAAACACCAUAAUGAUUGGUUGACAAUCGAGCCUCCCACAACGCAGAUCGAUGGCUGCAUGAUGAAGUUGUUGAAGAGCAACUGCAGAAACUCAAUUUGUCAAGUCGUACACAUUUUAAAUGGCUUUUACAGAUUUGAUGUUUUUACAAGGAAAGUACUUUUAUUCAUGGUUGUUUUCAUUUAGUUUUAACAACAUGUACUUUUUAACAAAUUUAAAUGUAACUUUCAAAUGCUGUGUUUUAUGCUUUGCUGCCGUUUUUAUGUGUAUAAAUGAUGUAAAAAAUGUAUGAGCUGUUUUUAAAGGAAUUGUGUCAAUAAAACUUUUCCAAAAGAAAAAAAAGUGUCAAGUCGUUGGUCACAGCCUUUCAAAGUGUGUUGCAUUAUGGGGCAAUAAAAUGAUCUCACUUGCAUCCAUAUGUCGACUGCAUGAACUUUACAAAAAUCCUUUGAUUAAAGGUCACGAAGUUUCAACUAAGUUUUUUUCAGUUGCUCUUCACCAGCUUCAUCCUGAAGCCAUCACAUGAAUAGUGGGAGGCUCAAUUGUCAACCAUCAUUAGGGUGUUAUUGUUUGACCCACACUAAAGUGACCAAAGACUUGACUAAAAACAGGAAGCAACUUUGCCGCGAUUCAUAUGUGUACAGUGGAUAUGUACAAAUGAAUGUGAUAUUUGAGGCUCACACAUGAUAUGUGCACACAUGAUUUUAAGUUUGUAAAUGUGUGAUAUGGGGUUGGAAACAUGUUUAUUUCGAUAUUAAAUAAAUAAAUACAAUCCUUCCAUAAACACU